UUUAAUUAAAGCCAACUAACACACUUUUUCUCUCUCUCCUUUCUUCUCUCUUUCUCUCUUUCUCUGUCACAAGUCUCAAAACUCUGUUCUUGCCUUGUCUGAUUCUCUCUGAACCACACACCGUUACCGGCGAGCUUAAUCUCGCCGGAAAAUUGCCCUACGCUGGCCGGAAUCUGCAACCUUUUUGACUUUAGCUCUGAAUUCCGAUUCUGUUUUCCCUCUCUUGUAUUUUUUUUGUACCCUUGACUCUUCAAAAACAACCAAACGUAAAAAAGAAUUUGUUUUUCUUCUUUUUAUCUUGGGCUGAGAUUUCUGGGUAAGCAAUGCAGAGAGAGUGAUGAGAUUUUUUAGAAAAAAAAUGAGAUCCUAUUUCUGAAUUCCUUAUGUUAUAGACCUCUUUCAAGAUUCAAUUUUUUCUUCCUCUCCGUGUUCCCUUUCAAAAGUUUCGUAUGAGAAGGUGGUUGAAUUCCGUGGAGAAAAACAGGAAGAAAGAUUUUGGAUUUUUUGUGUGUUUAAAUUGAGGAUGAGUAGAGCCCGAGGAAGCUAGCAAGUGGGGAUUUUUUGAGCAAUAUUACUAUUUUUCCAGUUUCCAAAUUCACUGGACGGAGCCUGCAGGAUGCCUUUUCAAAUCAUGGAUCAGAGGGGUGUUUCAGCUUCAUCCCAUUUUUUUGAUGACAUUUCCUUUCGUUCUGAGAGGAAUGUUGGAUUACGAAAGCCAAAAUCCAUUAAUGACCAUUACCCACAAGGAAGCAAUGGAAUGGUAGCAUCACCUGGCACCAUUUUGAAUGCUACACCACCCAUUGAUGUAAAUGCAAAAUCUGGCUUGCUGAUGUCACAGGCUAGUCUACCUGGGGUUAAUAUAGAUUCCAAGGAAUCGUCUCAUUAUCGUCCCAGAUCAUUGUCUGAUGCAUGUCUGCAUUCAGCACCUACCUCACAUGGUUUAAUUGGAAGCAAGAUUGUGACCAAUGCUGCCCCUUGUGAAAGUAGUUUAUUCUCUAGCUCCAUGUCUGAGAUAUUUAGCCAAAAGUUAAGGUUAUUUGGGAAUGAUGUUCUGUCUGAUCAGCCCAUUACUGCGGGUUCUCAUCCUGAAGAAGAACCAUAUAAAUCUCUUGAAGAAAUGGAAGCUGACACUAUAGGGAAUCUCCUACCUGAUGAAGAUGAUCUGUUUUCUGGUGUUGUUGAUGAGUUAGGAUGCAGUUCUCAUGCCAUAACAAAUGAUGAUUUUGAAGAUUUUGAUCUGUUUAGCAGUGGUGGAGGCAUGGAGAUGGAAGGAGAUGAACAUUUAAGUUCAGGAAAAAGAUUGAGUGGUCUCGAUGGUGAUUUUGGUUUCUUUGGAGGUUGUAAAGGAAAACUUCCUUUUGGUGAACAGCCUUCUAGAACACUUUUUGUUAGAAACAUUAAUAGCAAUGUAGAAGACUCUGAGCUAAAGGCUCUCUUUGAGCAAUAUGGAGAUAUCCGAACCAUUUAUACAGCUUGUAAGCAUCGCGGGUUUGUUAUGAUUUCUUAUCAUGAUCUAAGGGCAGCACAAAAUGCAAUGCAAGCACUUCAAAAUAGGACAUUGAGAUCUAGGGAACUUGAUAUACAUUAUUCAAUUCCAAAGGUCAAUGCUCCAGAAAAGGAUAUUGGCCAUGGCACACUGAUGUUAUCUGGACUUGAUUCAUCCAUUUUAAAUGAUGACCUUAAACAGAUUUUUGGAUUUUAUGGAGAAAUUAAAGAAAUCUAUGAAUAUCCAGAAAUGAAGCAUCACAAAUUUAUAGAGUAUUAUGAUGUCCGAGCUGCUGAAGCUGCUCUCCGUGCACUGAACAAGAUUGACAUUGCUGGGAAGCAGAUCAAGCUUGAACCUGGCCAUCCAAGUUUGAUGCACCAGUCUAAGGGGCAAGAUGAGCGAGAUCUUGGUCAAAGUAUUAUUGACAACUUAUCAUUAAGACAAAAGGCAACAGUGUCUUCUGGAGUAAUUGGAUCUGGCUGCUUGGAAAAUGGAUAUAAUCAGAGAUUUCAAUCUACAGUUCGACAACCUUUGAAUACAUUUAUUGAUAAUGCAUUCAUUCAUGCGAAUUCUGGCAUUCACAACACUGUGAGAGGGGCAUCUGCACCUAGUUCAAGAUUUCAUCCUCAUUCAUUACCUGAGUAUCGUGACAGUUUAGCUAAUGGUAGUCCUUAUAACUUCUCUAGCUCCAUUAGCAACAUGGCUAACAAUAUAGGUGCUGGAGCAACAGAAGCCUCUGAUGGCAGGCAUAUUCAGGGAAUGAGCUCAUCUGGGAGCAUAGCAGAGUUUAAUGCGGGAGGAAAUGGGAUACGCCCACCUCAUGGACUUUAUCAUAUGUGGAAUGGCUCCAGUUUGCAACAGCAACCAUCAUCAAGUACCAUGCUUUGGCAGAAAUCGGCAUCAUUUGUUAAUGAUGCUUGUCCUCCAGGCAUUCCACAGAUGUCAAGUUUUGCUAGAACACCGCCUCAUAUGCUGAGAACACCACAUAUGGACCAUCAUGUUGGAUCAGCACCAGUUGUUACAGCCUCACCCUGGGAAAGGCAAAAUUCUUACUUGGGAGGAUCCCCUGAGGCUUCUGGUUUUCGCUUGGGUUCUCUAGGAAGUGGAGGAGGUUUUCAUGGUUCCUGGCAAUUUCGUCCACUGGAUUUUCCUUCUCACAAUGUGUUUUCUCAUGUUGGUGGGAAUGGCACUGAUCUAGCAUCCACUGCUGGACAGAACUCUCCUAAGCAGAUAUCUCAUGUUUUCCCUGUGAGGCAUCCCAUGUCUUCAAUGUCAAAGUUCGAUGCUACCAGUGAACGAAUGAGAAACCUUUAUCACCGUAGAAAUGAAGCAAGCCCCAACAAUGUGGAUAAAAAACAAUAUGAACUCGACUUGGGUCGCAUAUUGCGUGGGGAAGACAGCCGGACUACACUUAUGAUAAAAAAUAUUCCCAACAAAUAUACUUCAAAGAUGCUUCUUGCUGCCAUAGAUGAGCAAUGUAAGGGAACUUAUGAUUUUCUGUAUUUACCGAUUGAUUUCAAGAACAAAUGUAAUGUUGGCUAUGCCUUCAUAAACAUGAUUGAUCCUGGUCAAAUUAUUCCUUUCCACCAGGCUUUUGAUGGGAAAAAAUGGGAGAAGUUUAAUAGUGAAAAAGUAGCCUCACUUGCAUAUGCCCGAAUUCAAGGAAAAGCUUCUCUUAUAGCUCAUUUCCAGAACUCAAGCCUGAUGAACGAAGACAAACGAUGCCGUCCUAUUCUCUUCCAUACAGAUGGUCCAAAUGCUGGUGAUCCGGAGCCAUUCCCCAUGGGUGCCAAUAUUAGACUGAGACCUGGAAAAUCUCGCACCGGUGGCAACGAUGGCCAAGGGAGUCCGUCAACUUUGGAAAGUGGAGAAGAGUGUGCUAAUGGGAUAGACCCUUCAAGAAACUCUUAACUGAUCUAGCCUUCCUUGGGCACUAACUGUUCAAUAUUGCACCAUAAUGUCCCCAUGUCUGUAUAUUGACAUUUUCUUAGAGCCAGCAUGGAAAAGGGGCUCACAAUUUUUUUGCCUAUAGAGGAGCCUUAAACACAAGUUUUUUGAGGCUUAGGUACAUAACCAGAAUCAAGUCACUGAUUGUAGUAACAUUCUGUAAUUUCCUAAAUUUUUGCAUGGAGUCCUUCUACCUUCUCACAAUUUAGAGAAUGGCUUAACUGAAGCUCAAAUUUUUUGUUAGCUGUGAAGGGACGAUGUCACCACCAUGUGCAUUAAGUUCCCUUCAGAAUUGCGGGGUUCAAAGGAACUAUUGUGGAUUGUGUUUCAUUAUUGUUGUCAUGUUGUUCAUAUGUAUUUUUUUAAAUUUUUUUUAAAAAAAUUCUGGGGCGUUUGUGCCCUUAAGGGAUCAAUUUUUGUCUAUAAAAAGUGAUUAAGUGAAUGUUGAGGAA